AUGGUAGAUUAUUUCGCUGAUCUUAAUAUAAUAUGUCGUGUCUUUUCAAUUCCAUUUAUGUUUCAUCGUCUCGAAGACAUCACAAAUAAUAUUCCGGAUAUUAUAUUUAAUUCUGUUACUCAUUUAAAAUUUUGGGAUAAAGAUCCAUUCAAACAUGAAUUUUUCGUUCGACUUGCUCGAGCUUUUCCAUUUCUUAAAUAUUUGAUUAUAUGGAAUAUUCAACCAUCAUUUUGGAAAUUUGAUGAAUUUCAACUUCUCAAGAAAGACUAAUGGCCGUCCGAUCGGCCUGGUGAGACCCCAUGGAUACGCCCAUCUGUUUUAUCAUCAAUUGAUCAACAACAACCACAACCAAGUAUUCGUCAAAUAGUACGAGAAAAACUUCAUAAACGUUCAUCAUCAGAUUUACAACAAUCAUUAUCAUCAAUUGAUAUUUCAACUAAAAUUGAUAUUAAUAAUGUAAAAUUUUCUCGUUGGGAAGAAACACCAUCAAUUGGAAGAGAUUUAUCGACAUUUAUGCAUCAAGUUUAUAGUGAAGAUAUUUUACCAUGUUUAACAUUUCCUACUGCUGAUCUUUCAUCAAGAAUUCUUACAGCUAUUGAACAAAAUGAUGUGACAAUGGAAACAUGUCAUAUGAGAACAAUUGAUGAAAAUAUGAAAGUUUGCUAA